AUGGAUGUAAAGUUGACUUUUUGUGUAAAGGAAUUAGAUGACAAGGAUGCUUUGGUGUUGUUUCAAAAGUUGGCUGGAAUACAUAGUGAAAUGUCUGACUCUAAACAAGAAAUUGUGAAGAAGUAUUGUGCAGGGUUGCCCGUUGCAAUAGUUUCAGUUGCAAGGGCAUUAAGAAACAAGAGUGAGUCAGUAUGGGAAGCUACAAUAGAAAAACUUAGAAAGCAGGAAUUGACGGGGGUGCAGACACCUAUGGAUAUUUCAAUGAAGAUGAGUUAUGACCAUCUUGAAAAUGAGGAGAUCAAAUCCAUUUUCUUACUUUGUGCCCAAAUGGGCCACCAACCAUUAAUUACGGACUUAGUGAAAUAUUGUUUUGGUUUGGGUAUACUUGACGGUAUCUCCUCGAUUUGGGAAGCUCGAGACAGAAUCAAAACAUCAAUCCAAAAGCUAAAAGACUUGGGUCUAGUGUCUGACGGAAUUUCUAAUAAUCAUUUCAAUAUGCAUGACAUGGUUCGAGAUGCCGUUUUGUUUAUAGCAAACAAGGAUAGAAAUGUUUUCACUCUAAGAAAUGGCAAACUAGAUGACUGGCCUGAACUCGAAAAAUGCACUUCUAUUUCUAUAUGCAACUGUGAUAUCAUUGAUGGGCUUCCUCAAGUCAUAAAUUGUCCCCAACUUAGAUUUUUUCAAAUAGACACUAAUGAUCCAUCUUUGAAAAUACCCAAGAAUAGUUUUGAAGUGAUGAAAAAUCUCAGAGUUUUAAUAUUGAAUGGUUUCCAUCUUCCAAGAUUACCCUCUUCCGUUAAAUGUCUAUUAAAGCUCAGAAUGCUUUGUUUAGAGCGAUGCACUUUAGAUGAUAACUUAGAUAUCAUAGGAGAGCUGAAAAAAUUAAGAAUUCUCAGCUUCUCUGGAUCUCAACUUAAAAGUUUUUCAAGUCAGUUAGGGUGUUUGGAUAAGUUACAGUUGCUAGACAUAAGCGACUGUUCCAUAGUGGAGAUUGAUAUGCUGUCUAAUAUUUUAUCAAGAUUGACUAAUUUAGAAGAAUUGUAUAUAAGAAAGAGUUUGGUCAAAAUGUUUGUGGAAGGAGAGACAAACCAAGGUCAAACUUUGUUUCUUUCUGAGUUAAAGAAUUUGCAUAAGUUGAAAGUGGUGGACUUAAGCAUCCCAUGUGUUUCAGUUUUGCCCAAUCACUUGUUCUUUGACAAGUUAAAAGAUUACAAGAUUGUGGUUGGAGACCUGGAAAUUUUUUCAGUUGGAAACUUUAGGAUGCCCGAAAAGUAUGAAGCAUUUAAAGUUUUGGCAUUGCAACUGAACGAUGACACUGACAUUCACUCUCAAGCAGGCAUAAAAUUGUUGUUUAAGAGAGUGGAAAGUUUGUUGUUGGGAAAGGUAGAUGGUGUUAAAAAUAUUGUUAAUGAGUUGAAUAUUGAUGGAUUUCCAUAUCUGAAACACUUAUCCAUCAUAAAUAACAAUCACAUCAAAUAUGUCAAUUCAACAAAAUUGUUUAAUGGUGUGAAAGUUUUUUCCAAUUUGGAAUCUCUAUUCCUCUACAAUUUGGGGAACAUAGAGAUGAUAUCUUAUGGUCCAGUUACACUUGCUUCAUUUGCCAAAUUAAAAUCCAUCAAGGUUGAGAUGUGUUGCCGAUUGGAGAAUCUCUACUCCUUUUUCACGAUUACAUUUCCUACUGGUGCAGAAACUAGUGAGACUUUAGAAUGUAGUUCUUACGUGGAUAAAUUUUGCGCUAGUCUAGAAACAGUUGAAGUUUCUGAAUGUCAAUCUUUAAAGGAGAUCCUUCAAAUACCGAUUGAUUAUGGUAAGGUUGAGUUUCUGAAGCUGAACACUUUGACACUCCAAUCGUUACGAUCAUUUACAUGUUUUUAUAACAUAGUGGAAAGGCCUUGCAAGCCACAUAUGAGUGGGGCUAAAACUACAAAUACGAGUCUUGGAGAAAUUGCUAAUGAAGAAGAUGAGCAAAGUGACAAGGCACCACCUCUUUUUGCUAGCAGUUUGAAGAAGCUCAAAAGCCUCAUCAUAAGUGAGUGUUCGAUUAUGGAAAGAAUUUUUGACUCUAAAGGAGAUAAUGUAGACAAGGUCUGUGUCUUCCCUAAGUUGGAGGAAAUCCAGCUUAGAAAAAUGAAUAGGUUAACAGAUAUCUGGCAAAGUAAAGUGAGCGUAGAUUCUUUUUCUAGUCUCACUUCCGUGAACAUUGAAGAAUGCAAUAAACUAGACAAGAUUUUUCCUAGUCACAUGAAAGGAUGGAUUGAAAAUUUGGACAACUUGAAAGUUUCUAGAUGCGAGUCAGUGGAAAUGAUUUUUGAAAUCAAUGAUUCUCAAGAAAGAGAUGCAUCUGGAGGGACAGACACAAAUUUACAAGUUAUUCUUCUUGAAGAGCUCCCAAAGUUAAAGCAAUUGUGGAACAUAGAUCCAGAUGGAAUUCUUAACUUCAAAAAACUUCGGACUAUAGAAGUAGGCACUUGUGGUGAACUUAGAAAUUUAUUUCCAGCUUCUGUAGCCAAAGAUGUCUCAAAUCUUGAACGCAUGUCAGCAUUGAAUUGCCAAAAAAUGGUGGAAAUUGUUGCAAGUCACGAUACAUCAAAAGCUAACAAUGAUCUGUUAGUGUUUCCUGAACUAAUAUGCGUGAGAUUAUAUUUGUUACCAAACGUUAGACAUUUCUACAAAGGAAGACAUCCUAUAAAGUGUCCAAAGUUGAAAGAGUUGAGUGUGAACAAUUGUGAGGAGCUCAAAACAUUCUUCGAAGAAACCACUGAAGCAACCAACGAAGAAGAAAAUUUUGUUUUCUCCGCUAACGAGGUAUUGCCCAACUUGGAGUAUAUGGAAAUUGACUUCAACCAAGCGCAAAAUUUGUUAUCCAAGUACCAAAUGCACCGUCUAAAAGAGCUCAGUUUGAUUUCAGGCCGAAGAGGUAAUAUUCUUUAUCAGUUUCCGUACAAAAUGCCAAAUUUAGAGAAGUUAAAUUUGACUUCUUUUUGGCCUGAGGAGUCGGUACCAAGAGCAAACAUUUCACGACAAAAAAGAUUAGGAAUCGUACUACAACUGAAGCAAUUGUGCUUUUUUUACUCAUGGAUGGAGGAUCUAGGACUUGAACGAGACCAAGUUCUACAGAGACUAGAACUUUUGAGAUUAGAAUAUUGUGACAAAUUGAGCACUUUGGCUCCUUCCUCCGUGUCAUUGACUUACUUGACACAUUUGGAAUUGAAGCGUUGUUUGAGAUUGAGGAACUUAAUGGCAUCCUCAACGGCCAAAACUAUGGUUCAACUCAAGACCUUGAAGGUAAUCGGUUGUACUCGAAUAGAGGAAAUAGUACGUAAGGAAGGAAUUGAAGAAAACAAAGUGGUGAAAAUUGUAUUCAGUAAAUUGAUUACUAUAGAACUUGUUGGUCUAGAAGACCUCACAUGUUUUUGCAAGUACAAUGAGUGUGAAUUUGAAUUUCCAUCACUGGAAAUAUUGAUGGUAAGAGAAUGUCCGAAGAUGAAAAAAUUCAGCGAAGGAGAGGCAAUAGCACCAAAGGUAAAAAAUAUAUUUGGUAGGGAAGGGGAUGGAAAAGCUAAAUGGAUGUGGGAAGGUGACUUGAAUGCCACCAUACAAAAAGUGUACACUGAUAAGGUUACAUUCAAAUACAGCGAGCUUGUGGAUCUGAAUGUUAUAGAGCAACUAUUGAACGACAAUCAUUGGGUGCAGCAAAACAGGUUUGGGUAUUUGAAAAGGUUGAUUGCAUGCGAAUGUGAGAGUGUAGUGGAUGUAAUUCCAUCUCAUUUGCUUUCUUGUUUUCACAAUCUGGAAGAGUUAGAAGUAGUCAAUUGCAGUAAUGCAGAGGUGAUAUUUAAUAUCAACGAUGAGAAUAGGCUCACAAAAGCUUCCGGAAUAUUCCGCUUGAAAAGUUUGUAUUUAAGUAAUCUACCAAAACUGGAGCACAUAUGGAAGAAGGAUCCGGAGGGAAUUAUUGGCCUUCAACUGCUAAAGGAAGUGCGUGUUCAAAGUUGUGAGCGUCUUGAAAAUUUGUUUCCAGCAUCGACGGCCAAAGAUCUUACCAGACUUGGAUUGCUUGAAGUAACGGACUGUAAGGAAUUGGCAGAAAUAUUUAGGAAAGAUGAAAAGAGUGGAGAAGGAGAAGGAGAAGGAAAAACACAACACUCUCUGUUUCCUCGUCUCACCACAUUGAUUCUGGGCCAAUUGCCACGCCUCAAAUACUCUAUCAACAGCUUCCAACAUCAGGAGAUUAUAUUAAGUUGGAGUCAGAGAGAUAUACAAGAGUUAUGUCUUGGUUCACGAACCAUUCCAAACUCUUGCUUGGAUUUCUUAGAAUCUCUGACUCUGUGUGACUGCCAGUCCUUAUCAGAUGUGCUUCUACCAUUCAAUUUACUUUCUUUCUUAACUAAUUUGAGAACGUUGACAGUUAAAAACUGUAAUUUUGUCAAAACCAUUUUUGAUGUCACUUGUGCUACACAAGACAGCGAGAUAACAUCUGUGGGACCAGCCCUCCCUUUUUCCUUGAAGAAGUUGACUUUAUCCGAUCUACAAAAUCUAAAAAAUGUUUGGAGUGAAGAUCCUCAUGGGAUUCUAAGCAUGCAUCAUCUACAGGAAUUGUUAGUUGACAAUUGUAAAGGCCUUAAAAGUGUGUUUCCAGCAUCAAUAGCCAAAAAUCUUCUGGAACUUGAAAAUCUAAGGGUGGAAGACUGUGAGGGAUUGAUGACUGUUGUUGCAGAGGAUAACACAGAUCCAACUGUAGAGGUUACGUUUACUUGUCCCAGUGUGAGAUCAUUGGAACUACGGGGUUUGCCAAAGUUCAAGUAUUUUUACUACUGCUCACCCAACUCUGAUCUAGAAUCACAUACAAAGGAUCAACUCGCUACCGGAAAGUCACUACAGUGCCUAGCUGUUGGGGAAAAUGGAGUGGAGAUGAUUUUGCGUGGAGAAUUUGAGAGAAACUUUUUGUACAACUUAAAAGUUCUUACUCUCUACUUUAGCAGUGACUCGGAUGUAUUUCCGCAUGGAAUUCUAAGACAGGUGCCCAAUAUAGAAAAAUUUGUGGUAUGUGAUGGUUCCUUGUUCUGCUGUCAAAGUUCUAAUAAUGUGGAUUAUAGUGGACUUCUAUUACAGCUGAAAGAAUUACACUUGGAGUCCCUUGAAGAGCUGGUUUGCAUUGGGUUAGAGAACUGUUGGACUGAGCCCUUUGUCAGAAACUUAGAAACCUUUAAAGUCAUUAGUUGUGGGAGUUUAAAAAGCUUGGUAGCAUGCACACUGUCUUUCUCCAAUCUGAUAUGUUUGAAAGUAGAAGAUUGUAAUAGUUUGUCAUAUUUGUUCACAUCCUCAACCGCCAAAAGUUUGGGAAAACUAAAAAGUAUGGAGAUAAAAAAUUGUUAUUCAAUCGAAGAAAUAGUGUCUAAGGAGAAUGGGGAGGAAUCAGAUGAGGAUGAGAUAAUGUUUUCGCAGCUCAGUUUUUUGAAUCUUGAAUCUUUAUUUGAGCUCAGAAGAUUCUAUAAAGGGAGUUUAAGUUUUCCAUCCUUGGGAGAAUUGUCAGUAAUAGAUUGCCACCAGAUGAUAACUUUAUGUCCAGGUACGCUAAAGGCAGACAGAUUGUCUCAAGUAACAAUUGAUUACGAAAAUAUUCUAUUGGAAACUGAUAUCACCUCUACAAUUCAGAAGACAUUUCUGGAAAAGGCGCAGACGCAAUCAUGGAUUGAACUUAAAAGUAGUCCAGUACUACAAGAGAUAUGGCAUAGCCCAGUGCAUCUUCCUGACUUGUGUUUCAGUGAGUUGGCUGCAUUAUAUGUGGAAGACUGCCAGUUUUUAUCAGAUGCAGUGCUACCCUCGGAUUUACUUCCGCUAUUGCCUAAAUUGGAAACAUUGGAAGUCGAAAACUGUGAUCAUGUGAAAGUCAUAUUUGAUGUAAAAUCUGCACAAGGUACAGUGACUUUUCCUCUUAAGAAAUUGACGUUAUCCAGGCUUCCCAGUCUGGAGAAUGUUUGGAAUAAAGAUCCUCAUGGAAUUCUAAACAUGAGUCGUCUAGAAGAAGUACAUGUUAAGGAAUUAAUGUAA